AUGACAAUACACCAGUUUUUGAGACUGAUUCUACUCUGCGUAUGCCUGCCACAUUUCUGUUCUCCAGAGAUAACAUUCAGAAGGACUCCUGUGCCUCAACAAAGGAUUUUAGGUGCACGAGUGUCAAGAAGUGAUGGCAAAAUUCUGCAUCGUCAAAAACGUGGUUGGAUGUGGAAUCAGUUUUUCUUACUGGAGGAAUAUACAGGAUCUGAUUAUCAAUAUGUAGGCAAGCUUCAUUCAGACCAAGAUAAAGGAGAUGGAUCACUCAAAUAUAUUUUAUCUGGAGAUGGAGCUGGAACUCUUUUUAUUAUUGAUGAAAAAACAGGUGAUAUUCAUGCCACAAGAAGAAUUGAUAGGGAGGAAAAGGCCUUUUACACUCUACGUGCACAAGCAAUUAACAGAAGAACUCUGCGGCCAGUGGAGCCAGAAUCUGAAUUUGUGAUAAAAAUCCAUGAUAUCAAUGACAAUGAACCAACAUUUCCAGAAGAAAUUUACACAGCUAGUGUUCCUGAAAUGUCUGUUGUAGGUACUUCUGUGGUGCAAGUCACAGCUACAGAUGCCGAUGACCCUUCCUACGGGAACAGCGCCAGAGUCAUUUACAGCAUACUUCAAGGGCAGCCCUAUUUCUCUGUGGAGCCGGAAACAGGUAUCAUCAGAACUGCUUUACCAAAUAUGAACAGAGAAAACAGAGAACAAUACCAGGUGGUCAUCCAAGCCAAAGACAUGGGUGGCCAGAUGGGAGGUUUGUCUGGGACCACCACAGUGAACAUCACACUGACAGACGUCAAUGACAAUCCACCUCGCUUCCCACAGAACACCAUUCAUCUUCGGGUUCUUGAGUCUUCCCCAGUCGGCACAGCUGUUGGAAGUGUGAAAGCAACCGAUGCCGACACUGGGAAAAAUGCUGAAGUGGAAUACCGAAUUAUUGAUGGUGAUGGGACUGAUAUGUUUGACAUUAUAACUGAGAAGGACACCCAGGAAGGCAUCAUAACUGUGAAAAAGCCACUUGACUAUGAGAGCCGGAGACUUUACACUCUGAAGGUUGAAGCAGAAAAUACCCAUGUGGACCCACGUUUUUAUUAUCUAGGACCAUUCAAAGAUACCACAAUUGUGAAAAUCUCUAUAGAAGAUGUAGAUGAACCUCCUGUUUUCAGCAGGUCCUCCUACCUCUUUGAGGUUCAUGAAGAUAUUGAAGUGGGCACAAUAAUCGGGACUGUAAUGGCAAGGGAUCCAGACUCUGCUUCCAGCCCCAUUAGAUUUUCUUUGGAUCGCCAUACUGACCUCGAUCGGAUAUUUAACAUACAUUCUGGAAAUGGAUCACUUUACACAUCAAAACCACUUGACCGUGAACUAUCUCAAUGGCACAAUCUUACUGUCAUAGCUGCUGAAAUCAACAAUCCCAAAGAGACAACUCGUGUAGCUGUUUUUGUGAGAAUUUUGGAUGUUAAUGACAAUGCCCCACAAUUUGCUGUGUUCUAUGACACUUUUGUAUGUGAAAAUGCCAGACCAGGACAGGUGAGCAACCAGCUAAUACAGACUAUAAGUGCAGUAGACAAAGAUGAUCCUUUAGGUGGUCAGAAAUUUUUCUUCAGUUUAGCUGCUGUCAAUCCAAACUUUACAGUACAGGAUAAUGAAGAUAACACUGCCAGAAUUUUAACUCGAAAAAAUGGCUUCAAUAGACAUGAAAUAAGUACCUAUCUCUUGCCUGUGGUGAUCUCAGACAAUGAUUACCCAAUUCAGAGCAGCACAGGCACACUGACCAUCAGAGUAUGUGCCUGUGACAGCCAAGGCAACAUGCAGUCCUGCAAUGCAGAAGCCCUGCUCCUCCCUGCUGGUCUCAGCACUGGGGCCUUGAUCGCCAUUCUCCUCUGCAUCAUUAUUCUGCUGGUUAUAGUAGUACUGUUUGCAGCUCUAAAGAGACAGCGGAAGAAGGAACCUCUGAUCUUGUCCAAGGAGGACAUCAGGGACAACAUCGUGAGCUACAAUGAUGAAGGUGGUGGCGAGGAGGACACCCAGGCCUUUGACAUUGGCACGCUGAGGAAUCCUGCAGCGAUCGAGGAAAAGAAGCUGCGGCGAGACAUCAUGCCAGAAGCGCUCUUUAUCCCCCGCAGGACUCCCACGGCGCCUGACAACACGGAUGUGCGGGAUUUCAUCGCCGAGAGGCUCAAGGAGCAUGACCUGGACCCCACCGCGCCACCCUACGACUCCCUGGCCACCUACGCCUAUGAGGGCAACGACUCGGUGGCUGAGUCGCUGAGCUCCCUGGAGUCAGGCACCACCGAAGGAGACCAGAAUUAUGAUUACCUCCGGGAGUGGGGCCCCAGGUUUAACAAGCUCGCGGAGAUGUACGGCGGUGGGGACAGUGACAAAGACUCCUAA